AUGUUGUUUUUCUUUUAUCAAAUAGGAACUGGGAAGACAUUAGUAGCAAGAGCUCUUGCAAAUGAAUGUUCACAUGGUGAUAGAAGAGUUGCAUUCUUUAUGCGCAAGGGAGCAGAUUGUUUAAGUAAAUGGGUUGGAGAAUCUGAAAGGCAAUUAAGACUUUUGUUUGACCAGGUAACUUUUUAAAAAAUAAUAAAAUUAGAGCUUUAAAAUAAAAAAUUAUUUUCCCCACAAAACACUUCAUGCUUUUGAUCAGAGAAAACAAUUAUUGUGGUAAUUAUAAUUUCAAUCAGUUCACUUUCGGAAAACUAUUACCAGCCAAGACAAUUAUUUUUAUCAAAGAAGGUAUGUAUUAGAUAAGAUUUCCCCUUGCAGCAUCCAAGUUUGUCCCAACAUGACAUAUAUCAAAUUCUAACGAUUGCAGUGCAAAAUAGUGAAUUUUUUUUUCACUAAGUACCAAUUAAGUUGAGAAACUACUAAACAGUUAAUAAACAUAAUUAUCUUAGAUCACCAUUCAGUAACCAUUAGAAAAGAAUUCUGCAAAAGAUUAUUACUAAAUGAGUUAUACUGGUUAACAUAAAUUUCCCUAGAUGUUUAAUAAUGUUACAUUAUGAAUUGUAUUGUGAUGAAACCAUUGCACCCUGUACAGUUUGGGAACAUCUGCAUUGAAAAGUAAAUUUGCUUAAGGGCCCCUUAUAAAAAGCAGUUAAUAACACCUAUCUCCGCAAAAAAUUAAUAUAUAUAUAUAUAUAUAUUUUGAAGAUGCAAGUUCAUACAAAAACUUUUAUUUUAACUUGUAGUACAAUAGUGAAGUAUUCCUACUUAAAUAAAAUACAUUCAUACCAAUUGCACUUAUUUAUUGUUUAAAUUAAAAGUUUUAGUUAAAGUAAAAAAAAAUUCAUUCCAUGUUUAAAACUUUCAGGCUUACAAGUUUCGCCCAUCUAUAAUUUUCUUUGAUGAAAUUGAUGGCUUAGCACCUGUAAGGUCAAGUAGACAAGAUCAGAUUCACAGUUCCAUUGUAUCCACUCUACUCGCUUUGAUGGAUGGGCUUGACAGCAGAGGAGAAAUAGUUGUAAUUGGUGCAACAAAUCGUAUAGAUUCUCUAGAUCCUGCCCUUAGACGCCCUGGUCGAUUUGAUCGAGAGUUUCUGUUUUCAUUGCCAUCUCUAGAGGUAGAUAUAUAUUAUUAUGAAUAAUUGAAAUGAAAAAUUAUGUAAAACUUGUUUAAACUCCCAGAUUUAUGGCGUAUUACUUGCUGUUUCAGGCGCGCAAGCAGAUUUUGAACAUUCACACUGCCAGCUGGACACCCAAGUUGAAUGAGCAAUUUAUCUCUGAACUAGCUGAGAAAUGUGUUGGUAAGUUUAAAAAUUAAAAUGUUACAAAUUGGUCCACAGACAAAAAUACAUUCAAAAUUCAAUUUUUAAAUAUGUUACUUUUAAAAUUUAGGCCCAGAAUGGUUAAGUAUGGCACGUUUUUUAUUAGGUUCUCUUUAAUAGACUUUUUGAGAAGCCCAAGUUUUUUUCAAAGCAAACAUGUGGAAUAACUGGCUUUUAUAGGAAAUUUUAGACAAAUUUUUUGUCUCUACCAAACAACUGUCCAUCUGGAUAAAGAAAUUGAAGUGUACUAUUUGUCCAUCAUCCCUGUGUCACUACAGCCCAAGUAGGGCUUUGGCCUGCCUCUCCACUUUGAUGCUUUUCUUUUCAAUGCUUGGCUUCCCAGCUGCAGUAAAUCCCUCUCAAUAUCAUCCAUCCAUCUCAGCCUAGGUCUGCCUCUGUUUUCCUCUGGGUUUUUGGUGGUGCAACCGACUCAACUCCUCUGUCAUUUGGCAUUCUUUCUAAAUGUACAGCAUAGCCUGCCCUUUUUAUUUCUGCUACUAGUGUGUAAAAAGUGGCAACCAGUUGGAUUUUGCCCACAGGUUUAGUUUGCCAAAUAAUUUCAAUGCCAUUAAAAUAUUUGUCUUUGCAAAUUUUCAGGUUAUUGUGGUGCAGAUCUGAAAGCUCUAGUUACAGAAGCUGCAAUGUUGGCGUUACGUCGCAGGUAUCCACAAAUCUAUUUCACAAACGAAGCAUUGCAGUUAGAUGUUACUUCAAUCAAUGUGUCAGCAAGAGAUUUUUUUGAGUAAGUUUUUUUUAUUUUAGCCUUAUUAGGAUUGUCUUCAAAAACUGAGCUAAGUACUUCUAUUUAUAAUUUUCAUUAUUAAAACAGUAACCCUAUAUUUUAAUUUUCUUGUAGAAACUUUAGUUUCAAUAAUGGUUGUUAUUUAUGUUACCAAACUGGAAGUAACCAUUUUAAUUUCAAAUUGAAAACAUACAAUAAAAAUGACAUGAUUAAUUAUAAUUGUUCUUUUUUUUUUUUUGCUGUAACCUUCUUUAAAACACUGAUUUCUUUAUUUCAGUGCUGUAAAUAAUAUUAUUCCAACAUCCCAGCGUUCUGCCAACUCACCAGCUCGUGCAUUGCCACCUAGAGUGUAUCAUUUACUUCAUCGUCAGUUUAAUAUAGCUUUGAAACAGCUUAGUGACACAUUCCCACCUUGCCUUGCCCAGAGCUCAACUUCAGAUAUGGCAGGUAUAGAAUAAAAAUUUCUUUGUACCUAUAUUUUUACUUAGGACAUUUUUUUUUAUUACAUUAUUUUUUUGUACCAUCUGACUGUUAAUAAAAUUCCAAAAAUCCCAAUUACUAAUCAUUUGGUUGGUAUAACAUAAAUUCAUUUAGGUUAACAAGGGAAAAGAAAUUAAUAGAUUGAAUUUAAAAUAUAUAUUUUUAAACAUAAGAUUAACUUUUUAUUUUUUGUUAUUUGCCUGUUAGUCUAUAAAUUACACCUUAAUCUUUUGAAACUCAUUUUUUGGGGGGAAUAAUAAAGUUAUUCUUAAAAAGAAUAUUCUCGAAUGCAGGUAGUAUAAAAAAUAUUUAGAGUUUGUCGAACUUCUUAUCAUUGAUUGAUUGUGGACUAUAUGAACAAUAUUUUGGUUAUUCAAGAUAGUAAUCAGGGGCAAUGAUAGGGUCUCUGAAACCUAAAUAGUUAUCUGUAACUUGAAACAUUUUGAUUUAAUUAUUUUAGCAACUUCAAGUCAAGUGCAACUCCUUGCUGAGAAUGGUAUUAUAUGGGAUGAGUUGGCAAGUGAUGAAGAUGAGGAUACACCUUCAAUUUUUAUAACACCCUCAAAUAAAGGAAAAGCAUUAAGGCGCAACAGUGAUCAAGGGUCCAGUAAAUCACCAACUUACCUCAAAUUCUCUAGGUAAUAUUAAAAUUAACAAACACUCCGAAUCCAAUGUAAGGUACUUUUACAAUCUGAAAUAAUUAAUUUAGGCUAUCCAUUUAUUUGAUUAAACCCAUUUCAAAGUUAGUAUGUCUCAUCAUUGACACAUUCACUUCGGAUUUUUUUUUUUAAGUUUGAUUUAAUAAUGGAAUUGCAAAAAGCUAACCGAUCUUUUAUUCUUCAUAAAUCACAAUUUCCAUAUUUUUAGUUCAAGCCGUCCUUCUACAUUUCGCCCUCGAUUGAUGAUUGUUGGACACGAGGGCCAAGGUCAAACUACUUACAUUGCUCCUGCAAUCAUUCACAAGAUGGAGAAUUUGCCAGUUCACGUCUUAGACCUUCCAGCACUUUAUGCUGUUACAGCAAAAACUCCAGAAGAAUCCUGUGCCAAUGUGAGUGUUUGUUACAUUUCUUCAAUAAUUCAUUUUAAAAUACCUUUUUUUUUCCAAUAAUAAAUCAUUUGAACUUAUAAUUACUACCUUCUUCUCCAAUAAAUUUUCAACCAUCUUGCAAUGUAGUUAAGGUGGUCCACGGGUGAAAAAAUCGAAAGUUUGGUUAUUUUUUUCCAAAAUGAGAUUACUGUGUUUUCUGCUAGAUUAACCUCUUAUGUAUACUUUUCUGUAAAGUGUUGUUUUUUUUUAAAUAUAUUUUAAAUUUGUUAAAUAAAUAUUUAAAAGUGGUAUGGUAAGACUGCAUUUUCAGGAAAAUAAAACAGGCGAAGCCAAAGUUUGUCUUUUUAGCCCUUAGUUACAUGUAGUUCGUACAGCGCUACAUAUACAUAUUUGGUAUCGAUCGAAAGAAAAACGCAGCGGGAACGCAGUGAUUCCGUAAUAAAAAAUGGCAAAAUCAUAACGGCGAAGCUAUUUCGUACUUUAUAAACGAAUUGUAAACUUUAUGAUUUGUCGAGGCAUUGACCCCUUGACCUUUCCUUUUCCUACGAAUCUCUUAUUAAAAUUUGAACGGGAUUGAAUGUUUUCUUCCCAAAUUCCAAUUCUACUGCCGCUUUGGGUCUGACAAUAUGAUGUUGUUUUUCAAUGAACCUAUUAUCACUAAUUUUAAUCGAUGGACUCAAAAUCCACACAAGAAAUCAAAUAUGUACCAUUUUUGUGGAUUUACAUACCCUACCAAAUUGAUGGUAAGUUGAUUUAAGCAUUUUUAGAAUAAAUAAAAAAUUCCUAUAAGUAUUUAACAUUAUUUUUCUUUUUUAUAUAAUUAUCGCAUUAGUGCCAUGCUGUGCUAGAAUUAUCUCUCACUCUAGUCCUAACUAAACAAAACGUAGCCCACAGUAAACUUUAAAUAUAUUGUUUUAAAAAUUAAUCCUAAUAAAAUAUAUUAUAUAGCAUCUCUGGACUAUGCAAUUUUAUUUUCUCUGCCUAUAUAUUUUUAAAUGAAUUUUAUUUAUGUAAUGACUAUCGUAUCGUUUGAAAGUUUAAAAAUUAUUUUGAAUCACAUUGACUUGGAUAAAAUCCUAGAAUUUUUACUUUCUAUUUCUAUAAAUCAUUAUAAGCAUUUUUUUUUUAUCAUCUAAUCUCUAGAUUAUCUGUUGGCAUCUCCUUGAACCUAAAGACUGGAAAGUAAAGGAUCAUACCAUCGAAGAGCGGUCAAGAAGAAGAUUUUCUUCGUUCCUUCGAGGAUUCCAUUUUCCUCUCGAAGAGUAAUGCCUGCAGCUGCCUUUCCUGAAUAUGCUCUCAUGAUCGAUUCUAUUCUAAGAGCUAUUUAACACACAUCACAACACAUCUGUUGUGAACAUUUGAACAUGCAUUUAAUUUCUAGGGGUAUCACUGCCAGCACUGAUAUCAUUACAACAUUGCUUCAAUUAUGCAAGUCAGGCCUGCAGUGUGUUACAUGAUGAGUAUUGGACUUUACACAAACAAAAGAACAUUGAAAUUGGCUAUAGGAUAAGAAUACAGCCAAACAAGUAUCAAAAGACUUGCAUUAUGUUCAUGGUCUAUUUUUCAAUAACCAUAAUUACGUCAGCCCAGAUGCGUUCGGCUACAACACAUCUAAUACAAAGAUUCUGACUGCCAUUCUUUGUCAAUGAGAACUAAAAUAUAAUGCCAUGUCUGCAGUCUACUCAAGAAUCCUGAAGUACCCUACACCCUAAAGAAUUUUAUGACUAUGAGAGGAUGAAUACAGAAUGGCUGCCAUGCACUAUAACCUUUUAUGCAUAUUUUAAUUUUUUUUUAAUUAAAAAAUUAGCGUCUAAGGGUCGUGUAUUUUUAAAUUUCCAAUGUUUAUUUCUACGGCAUUUUAGAAAUUACUUUUUAAUCUUAUAUAGGGCACAUCUAAUUAUUUCAUUCAUCAACAGGUAAAUCUACAACCUUUCUUUGUAAAGUGACUAUUUGGAUAAGCUGUUUCAUAUUAUUUUAUUUUGCAUUUUCCAUUUUUUUAAAGGACGUCGGAUGAAAUAGGGUCAAAAGUAUUAGAGCUACAUGAUUCAAACCUUAUAUGCUUAUUUCCAUUGAUAUUAUCUACAUAAAGACAUGUGGGUUUUUAAAAAAAUGUCCAGGGUUUGUUUUUCAAGCUUUUUUUUUUACAUAAUUUUAAUUGUUUAUUUUUUUUACAGAGGUUGAAUUGGCUAUCAUUGAGGAAAAUUUUCUAUAAUUUGUAACUGUUUUUUUUUUUAAAAAUCCUUUAGAAUGAAUUGUGUAUAUUUAUAACCAAUGCAACCUUUAUAUUGUUUAGAGGGCCUGGGAUUUUUUCUAAUUAACUUAUUACAACUUUUUUGUUAACUCCACUUAGGAUUUUCCAUUUACCUCUGAUGUCAGAUUUAUUAAGAGGAAAAGUAUUAUUACCACGUGCUUCAAAAUUUGCACGGUUGUUUAUAUUGAUAUUUUCUACAUAAUGAUGGAUGUUUUUUUAUUGCAUAUCUCAUAAACAAAAUUCAGAAGUUUUUAUGAUCUCAUUAUUUUUAUUAAGCUCGAGGCUAUUGGGUUGUUGGAAAAUGCAUUCAUUUAUAUUCUUUCUAUUAUAUCUAUGUUCUUACAUUCUUUUACAAUUAACGAGUGGAAUGUGUUCAUGAUGUAUGCAUCCAAUAUUGUUCAAGUUACCUUUAAUUUUUUUUAAUAAGAAGCAUUUUUCAGUGUCUUUUUCAGCUUUUAUCGACUUAGCAUUUUCAAUUUUUUUUCUGCCGUCAAUUGAAUCAGAAGGAAUAGUUUUGGAACUAAAUAAUUGAAACUUUGCAUGCUUAUUUAUAUUGACAUUCUUUACUUAAUGAUGGAUGGAUUUUAAACAAAUUACGAAAAAUUUUCAGAAUUUGUUAUUUAUAUAUUUUAUUUAUUAGAUUCGUGGGGUGGAGUUUGAAAAAGUGUGUUAAUUUUUUUUUUCUAACUUUUUUGUCUAUGUUUUCACAUUGUUUUUUAAUUCAUGAAAGGUAUAUGUACAUGGUGUAAGCAUUCUAUACCGUUCAUGCAGCCUGUAAAUUAUUUUUUUUAAUAUAUAUACUUCUUUUUCAUUUUUCUCAAUUUUGCGUUUUCCGGAAUUUUUAGGAACGCCAAAUGAAUCGGGAGGAAAAGUAUUCCAGCUACAGGCUUCAAACUUUGCAUGCUUCUUUUCAUUUAUAUUCUUGACAAAAUAUAAGAGGCUUUUUUAAUAUAUAUCCAACUAGAAAAGUUUUAUAACAUUUUUACAUUUGCUACCCCUAAAAAUUUCUCGAAGAUUUAUGUGACCCCCACAUACAUGCCAUUUGUAACACUUCCAAUAACUGCAGUGUAAUAAGCUUCUUUAAAGUUUUUGUCAAUGUUAUUAUUGAUGUGUAUGCAAAGUUUCAUUAUGAUAUUGUAAUAAAAAAAUAAUUUUAUUCAUUUUGUGUAAAAGUCAAAAUUGUUAAUAAAUUUUCAAUAUUUUGCAAUAAAAGUAAAAAAAAAAAAAUUAAAUAAACUUUAUUGGUUUUUUGUCUUUCUGUUUGUGUAUGGUUUGUUUGUCCUUUUUUUUUUUUUUUUAAAUUAAAAAACAGAAAAAAAAAAUACCCAUGGACCACCUUAAUUUCAUCUUUAGAUGAUAAAUCUUGAAACAAAUAUUGUUUGCAACUCCUGUUUAGACAGAUUGUUAAAAUAAGGGGAUUAGAAUUGAUGAAAAGGAAUAUGAUUUUCAACUAAACUUUAUUAAUGGGUUGAAAUGUAUUCAGUAGCUUGUGUCUAACAUGUGACUGAAAAAUUUAAACCUUGGAUUUUUGUUUGUAUUUUAUUUGGUACAUACAUUUUUAAAAAUACAUAUGGCUUAUUUUCUGUUAAAUAUAUGUAAUUUAUUUCUCUAUAGGUGUUUCAUGAGGCCAAACGCAAAUGUCCAAGCAUUAUUUACCUUCCUUAUAUAAAUCAGUGGUGGGAUGUGAUGGCAGAAACUCUCAGAGCAACCUUACUUACCCUUAUUCAUGAUUUAAACCCCUCAUUGCCCUUACUAUUGUUGGCUACCAGCGAACAACCUUAUGCGAUGUUAGACCCUUUGGUGAGCACUUCUUGAUAUACUUCCAUUAAGUUUAUAUGACAACUUUUUAAAGGUACAGAGUUCAGCAGAAUUUUCUUUAAAAUUAUUUGCAGUUAACUCAGGAACAUCAUUUUGAGAAAAAUUCUAAAUGCUCCUUUUUUUAAUUUUUUUAAUAAUCUUAACUUAAUAAGCUGACAAAUAUACAUUUUUUUCAUUUAUUUAUGGGGGAGGGGUGUUAAAAAUUCUAUGCCAUUAACAGUAAACAGUAAAUGGAAAUGUAUAAUUUGUAAUUUUUCUAUAAACCAAAACAUUAAUUUUGUUACAUUUGUUUUAUAUUUUAGUUACAGUCACUUUUCAGUCAUUUAGCUGGUGAAGUUAUGGAGAUGAAAGAUCCUAACAGUGAUGAAAGAAGAACUUUCUUUAAAGAGCUCUUAAUAGACUAUACAAGGAAGCCUCCUCCUCAGAAAAAACAAGCAGGUACCUUAAAAUAUUAAAUUACAUUUUAAAAUCCAUUACUUUCAGGAAAACAUUGUUUAAAAGAAAAAUAAUAGUAGUAUAUAGCUCAAUAGCAAGAAGUAGAUUUAUUACACUAUCCUAGUUUAGGUUGAGUGUAGUCCAUGCAACAUUUAUAAUCUUAGAUUGUUGCUAUAUUUUUUUAAGAAUAACACUUUAUAUCCACAUGACUUAUAGAGUUUUUUUAAGCUCGUUCCGGGCACCUAGUACUAAACAAUCGUACAUUCAUCCACUAAAAUUUGUUGCUGCUCUUGCGAGUUUAAAAUAUUUUUUUAAAAAUUUAAAUCUGUAUUUUAUUUUAUUUCCUUAAAAGGUUACAAUAAUUCAGCAUGGCUUUCAAAGCUCAUGUGAUAAUGUGCUAAGUUUACUGGUCUAGCAGGUUGGGUAGAGGAUGAAACAAUCUUAACAGAUCAAUGUAGAAUUUAUUUGAAAUUAUUAAGGAAGAAAUAGCUUGGAUAUAUCUGAAGCCUACUUUAAAAACCAAUACUGUUACAUUAAUAGAUAAUAAUACUAGCCAGUGACCAUGGUGAUGGCUAGUGAACUUGUGAUGCACUCAUGGAUACCUAGGUAUCGUCUCCAUGGGUCAAAUUUCCCUUUCAGGGGUUUAAAAAGAUUUUGACAGCCCUAAUAAUAAGAUUGUAUUAAUGUUUAGUUUUUGCUUAUUCUUAUUGACCUCAGCUUAUAUUCAAAUAUCAACCAGAGUUAGCUUAAAUGAAAAUAAAUGAGGAAUUUUAAAAGGCAGAUUCAUGAAUGUUAAAAAUUAUAUUUAAAAACUUAACUUGAAACAUAUACAUCAAUUUCUUUUACAAAAAUUUUAAUACAACCAAAAGGUCUCUGUGAAUUUAACAAGUGAAGGGCUCUCUUGCAAUAAACAGAUAGGAUAUAAUGAAUUAAAAACAGUAACUUAUCCAUAGAGAUUUAAUCAAUAAUUCACUGGUUAUUUAAAGUUGUCAUUUCAACUCUGAAAAAAAGUAUCUUCCUGUCAUACAUUCUGGAGUAUUACUAUAUACCAUGCCAAGCAUGCAUUUAUAGCACAUUCAUUCCUCUCUCACAUUAGACUCUCAUGAUAAACAUCAACAUUGUGUACUGUUCACAAACUAUGUGAUUGUUGUCAGAAGUAACCCUGAAUUAGUAUUUGGUGAAUACUUAGAAUGUAUCAUUCCCAAGAGACAUUUUUAGAUUUUAUGUAAGGUAUAAAUAUUGUGCUUUUGAUGAAACAGGUGGAAUUGAUAACAUUUAUAUACUAGCAUUAAAUAAAGUGGCUUGAAAAGUGAAUGUCAACUCAAUAAGAUAAAUUGCUGUGAAAAUAUUGAACUGACAACUUUUUAAUGAACCGUUUUUUAUAAAAUUGUAAACUGACAAAUUGGGUUCUUUGUUAAAGUUAGUUCAAUACAGUGUCUGUAUAUAUUUUUUUAUAUAAAGUGCUACUUUUGAUGCACACAUUUACUAAAAAUAGCUGUGUUUUGAAUCACCGUAAUUUUAUUUUAUUCAAAUAAUACAAAUUUUGGCUACAAACAGAAAAUUUUGGGGGAAAAUACCAAACACCAUUGUAACCUUUUACUCGGGGCUAAAAAAAACUAACAUAAUACAUAUUAUUUUAAAGAUUUUUAUGGGAAACUGCUGAAGAAUUCAAUUAAUUUUUGGCAACUGAAUCUCAUAUUUUUUCAGGAGAAAUUCUCACACUUUUGAAUGAAUCACUUAAAGCAAAUUCGUUUUCCUUAAAUUUGGCAAAUUCAAACCAGAGGGUUAGAAUAGAUAAACGUAGAGCAACAACUCUUCUCCCUAACAACAUAAGCUCAUUAAAGUCAACUGGCUCAGUCAACAAGAGACAAAGAAAUAAGCGUUGUAAAUAUGAGGCUGACAAUUCAUUUGAAAUCAAUAUGCUUGAUACAAUGUCAGACUUCAAAAUAAAAAUACCUGAAUCGCCAGUGAAAAUGACAGAUUGUGUAAAAUCCAUUCAUGGUAUGACUCUAAGAUCGAAAAAUGCUAAUCUAAGUCAACUCAAUAGUAAUCAGUCUGCCAGAGUGUGUGAACCGUUCGAUGGAUGCUUUGUACUCAAGUCAAAAGAGCCAGCAUUGACUUCUACUUUUCAUAAGGAAACCUUGCAUCCCCACAAUAAAACUGUCCAAGAUGAGGUCUCUUCUACCAGAUCUUGGCAUGGUUGCAUUAACAGUGCUUUCAAUAAUCUUGAUGAUGCUAAUGUCAGUAAUUUAAUGAACUUUGGAACUAAAGCAGGAGCAAGCACAAAUAACACACCAAGCUCCUCAAAGCAGUAUAUCAGGAAUUUCAAUCAUUCUAAGAACUGUGAUAAUUUAAGGUGGCAAAUGCAAAAUAUUGAUUCAACAGUACUAAACACGAAGCAAGCAGAGGAUUACUUGCAACCACACAGCUCUUCAAAACAUUUUUGUCAUUUUGCCAGUAGUGUGACUUAUCAAAAAGAACCAUUGUCUUGUGGAUCUUUUCAAAUGCAAUAUAAAAAUGAAGAUAGAAAACACUGUGAUCGAUACAAGACCAGAAGUGAAGUUUUGCCUCUGAAUUUCAGAGAUUUAAGCUGUAGCCAUGUUACGAAAAUGAAUAAGGGUUUCAAGAAGAGGCUGCAUGUAAAGCGUCCUAAAAAUGCUCCUCAAAUACAUCUUUAUAAUUUACGACUUAAUAAACAAAGCAGAAAUGGUAAUAAUACAUUUUUAAAACGUUGAAAGGUAUUCAUUUGAUAAUUUUUAAAUUUAAUUCUAAAAAUUGUGCUACAAUCUGGAAUUAAAUUUAGAUUUCAUGUUUUAUUUCUUUACCAAAAAAAAAUUAAAAAAUCUCAGUUUGAAUUUUGAAAAUAAGCCUUUGAGAGUCUAAAAGAUAUAAAUUAUGAAACUUUUAAAUACUUUUUCAUUCUCAAAGAAUUUAAUUUUGCAACUCAACAUUUUUUUAAUUUGUUGAAGCUAUCCAAUUUUCAUCAUAUUUUAUACUUUUUAUUGUGUUUAAUUUAUUGUUAGUUAACCCUAUAACUAUUAUCAGCCUUUAUGUGGUGUCACAGAGGACAUAAUCAGCUGCUAGCAUAAUGUCUAAUCCUGGAGAGGGUCACCAUCUAGAUUGCAAAAACAGCUCAGAUUUUCUUUAUUGGAAUUAUUUCAAAUGGGUUAAAAUUAAAGAAUAGAUUUCAGAGAUAUUCUACAUGCUAGUAAUGGUAUUAUUAGUUCUAGCGGUGAUGGUGUCGUAAGUGUUUGAUAUUAACAAUUUUAGUCCUAAGCUUAGUCAUAUUGUUUGGACAAGGAUGGAAAUCUAACAGAUAAGACAAAGAUUGGAUCCCAAAGAUCUACCCUAAAGAGUCAAAGAGUAUUAAUUAAUAAAAAUGGAUUAAUAACUUAUGGAGAAGGAAUGUUUGAACUGAUUUCAUGCUUUCCCUCUUGUAUUUUGUAUGACAUAAAUUGGAAGAUAGUGAUUGAAAAAAUUCAAUUUUAAUUAUAAGUACUUAUAACUUGACAUUUUCUGAAAGAUUAUUGUUUCUAAUAUCUCAAAAGCUUGAGUUUAUGAUAAUUUGAAUAGUUUAUGGAGUAUUAGUUUGAGUUGAAUUCAGAAGUUGAUUAGUAAAAUUUUCACUCACUCUGUAAAGGUCAAUAUCAACAUACAAAUUGUAAAAACAAAUUAUUUUAAUGCUAUAAAUACCUUGUUAAUUGUACUUUCAGAAAAUGUAUACUUGUAAGGGUCUCAGAAUUCAGUAUAGUCUAGGAUUUUGUCAUUUUUUAAUAGCAUUGAAAAUGCUAAAAAUGUCUUGACACUACAGAAAAAUGCACUUGACAGUUAUAGGGUUAAAGAAGUGACUUUUUUAAGCUUAAAAUUUAAUCAUAACUUAAGUGAAAUUAAAGUGAUCUUAUUAAUCUUUGUAUUUUUAUGACGGGAUAAUUUUUUAAAAUUAUUAAUUUUAUGACACCUUUGUUAAUUAUCCAUCAUUGGAAUAAUGCUAAUAGCUAAAUCAUUGAAAUUUAUGUUGAUCUAUAGGUAAUCCUGUUUUCUUUUUUUUUUUUUCUUUUUUUUCCUAACUUGAAGCUCAGAGAAUUUUGGAAGUACUGCCUAAAGCUGCCCCACCUAAGCCUAGAGAACUAACCCAACAAGAGUUGGAUCAGUUGGUAGAGAAGGAGGAGCUCACUCUCAUGGAAUUACGGAUAUUUCUUAGAGAUGUUCUUAACAAACUUGGCAGUGAUAAAAAAUUUUCUAUAUUUGCAAAACCUGUCAAUAGAGAAGAAGUAAGUUGAUUUCUUUUGCUCCCUCUCUCACAGCAACAAAUAAAAUUUAAAAAUUAUGUAAUUUUUUAAAAAUGCAAUUUGACAUUCUAUUUGACGUCCACAAUUUUCUUUGCUGCAUUUAAAUUAUUUUGAGCUAUGAAUAUAGUGCAAACUUAAACAUAAAAAAAAAAUUAUUAAGACAUUCCCCAAUUUAACUUAGUCAGCUUAUAGUAUGCUGAAGAAGAAAAAAAAAGUUUUGCAACAUGCAUAUAUAUUAGGGUGGUUCAAAAAAUCUAAGUUGAAAAUAUCCAUUUGCAUUUAGGUUUUUUAAUUCCAGUAUGUCAAAAAAUAAUACAAAAAUUUUUUAAUGAAAAGUUAAGUCUGAGUACUGUCUCAGAGGGCUUCAAGUUUUAUAUAAUGUAGCCCAUUUAAAAUUCGUGUUAAAUGAUAUAGCGAUCACUUUUUUUCUGAAGUUCCCACUCUGAUGAUGUUAAAUACAGACUAGCAAUCUUUGGAACUUCUAACAGCUUUUCAAUUUUUUUAAUAAGAAACAAGAUGGGCAACUCUUUCUUCUUUUUGUGUUCCAUCAGUGAGAGCAGGAACUAGCUUACCAUCAAAGUGAACAACUAAUGAACAAUCAGCUAAGAACUUUUUUUUAAGGCAAUAAGUUCAGAUAGAUGUUUUUAUCUUGUCCUCAUGCUACUGACACUUAAAUUUUUUAAACAUCUUCUAGUGGAGCACUAAUUGAUUUUAUUGCAGCUGCAAGACUAUAAGUAUAAGCAAAUUUUUGAUUACUUGUAUUUGUAGAAUCUAAUGCAGCUGCCAAAUCCUGGGAAAUGCUUGCAAUUGAAGUAAUUUUUUUUUUUUGUGCUUGAUGAUGAUGAAUCUUUAACAACCACCCCCUUGCCUUCUUUACUAGGUUCACUAUCAUCAUUGAAUAAUUGGACAGUCUUACAACUUCAGAGGCUUCAAUUUUUCUCGAUUUCUCCUUUUUUUAUUUAAAACUAAGCCGUUUUUUUCAUUCGCUACUAAUUUUGUGUCAAUUUCACUGAUAACAUAUUUCCCCUGAGAACCUGAUCAGUGAAAAAUGCUUUGUCUUCAUCAAUUUUUAUUAGAUUGAGUGCACUGUAGUGUGAAAUACUUUUUUAAAAUGCUUUUAUGUUCACAAACUGUUUCUUUAGCAAAUUGGGCUUCACCGUGAUGUUUUUUUUUUUUUUUACAUACAUUACGAUACUUGGUAAGUAAUGCUUCUAACUUUCGAACAACACUUCUUUCUUCGGACACUGGAAUUUGAGCUUUACCUAAAAUUUCAAAAAUCUUCUCUUUGACAAGUUUUAUGACACUUUUUGUGCUUAAAUGAUCUUGUGGUGUAAAAAUUACAUUAUCAAAACAUCCCUUGUAGUUGAGAUGGGAUUGCAGCCAUUAAUGACAUGUACAAAAAAUAGUGCCAAUUUUCUAGGGCUGUGAGGCAGUAAUAAAUGAAUUACAUUUAAGGGAAUAUUUUUCUCAGGGAAUUUAUACAUAAAAAGUGAAAUUAAAGUGUUUGAAUUUCAUUAAUGUUCGGUUAUCACUAUAUGUUGUGAACCACCCUAAUGUAUAUUUAUGUCUUUCAAUUUUUAACUUAUACUUUAUUUGGAAUAUUUUUGCAUGAAGACUUACGUGUGGCAUGGCUAAUUAAUUUUAAAUCAAAUAUUUUAAUGUAUAUAAAUCUGUCAUGUUUAAUGGCAGUGAUUCUUUUUAAAAGAUGGUCAGGUUUUGUGUUGAGAGUUAUAGAGCUUUAGUGGAAACCUCCUCAAAAUACAGUAGAUAGAGGUUUACUCUGUGUUUAAAUCAGUGAAAAAACCAAAAAAGUGCAAAACCAGUGUGUCUACUUAGACAGAACACUAUCUAUGGAAAAUCACAUUAACAUGAUUUGCAAGGCGAUUUUUCUAGAGCUGCGCAGAAUUAGUCAUAUCAGACCUUUCUUAACGUUUAAUGCAACAAAUAGGCUGAUGUCUGCAUUCGUGCUUUCACGCAUGGACUACUGCAAUGCUCUCAUGGUGGGUCUUCCAGCUACACUCAUGGAUAAAAUUUAAAAAGUACAGAAUAAUGCGGCUCGCAUUGUCUUUUGCAAACACCAUGACCAUUCUAAAACACUUCUGAGAGAGUUCCAUUGGCUGCCGGUCCGCGGUCGCAUAGAGUUGCAUGACCAGGCGCCGUACUGUCUCAAAGCCCUCAUCACGCCUUAUGUACCCACUAGACAACUCUGCUCAUCCGAUAGUGGCAAACUCUCUAUACCACAUGUUCACCUUGAGACUUAUGGAAGGUGCACGUUCGCAUUUGCUGGCCCAACAAUUUGGAACACACUUCCUGCUGCUCUCAGAAACAGCCAGACACUGGAGUCUUUCAAAACCGAUUUGAAAAUAUAUCUAUUUCGCAAACACCUGUGGGGUGAUGUUGUCUACCAUCUUUUCCAGCUAGCUAUUGUCUCCUAGAUGUAUAGUGGCCUGUGUUGUUUAUGGUUGCAAGGUAUGAAAGACUUAGAAUGGGUAUUCUGGUAUGUAGUUUUUGUAAAGUUGCGUUUAUAUUUCAAUGUGAUAAAAUAUAGAUUUUUUCAUUUCUCUUUUAAUAUGGAUGACUUUGUACCACGCUUCGAGCCUUUGGGGAUGAAGCGUGAUUUAAAAAUAUAAACAUUUUUAAACCAAGACCAACAUUUUUUUAUUUUUUUUAGGCUCCUGAUUACUAUGAAAUUAUAGAAAAUCCUAUGGAUCUCUCCACCAUGAUGGCAAAGAUUGAUCUGCACGAAUAUGGGACUGUUCGUGCAUUCAUGAAUGACAUCGAUUUCAUCUGCUCCAAUGCUUUGGAAUAUAACCCAAAUAGAGGUCCUAUGGGUUAGUUACAUUGUACAAUUGCUAGCCCCUAAUGUCAAACUUUAAACAUUUUAUUAAAUACCAUAUUUUAUGGACUAAAAGACGCACUUUUUUUUUUGAAAAUAUGUCUCCAAAAUUCAGGUGUGUCUUGUACUCAAAAUUAAUAUAAAAACGGUUUUUAAAAAAAAAAAAAUUGUAAUUGCUUAAAAGUUACGGUGCGUCUUAUAGUCCGUAAAAUACGGCAAGGAUUGACAAAUAUUAUUGAAAAUGUUGCUUUUUAAAGGAUUACAUCUCAUUGAUUACUAAGUUAUAUAGUUUGCUUUGUUUCUAAGGCUAAAAUAUCUGAUGUUUUUUUUUUGUCUUGACAUUAGAUAGAGUGAUCCGCCACAGAGCAUGUGCUUUAAAAGAUACAGCAUAUGCCAUCAUUAAAACAGAGUUGGACAAAGAUUUUGAAAAAAUGUGUGUUGAAAUUGAAGAAUCCAGAAAACGAAGAGGUAAGUUUGGUACAAUAUUUCACCCAAGCUGUGUGCAUGCAAUAAAAGCAAAUACAAAGAAACUUUGCUGUGAAGAAAUGUUUUAGGUGUAAUUUCAGAAUCUUAUGAUCUUAAAAAAUCUCCAUAGCUUUAACUUUUUGUUUAGUUAAAACAGAGAUUAAUUUUGACAUGCCAUACCCCUUGUUACUGACUUUGUAUUAAUCUCGGUGUUGUAUUUUUACAAAUGUUUCUCACAGCUGCCUUUUUUUUCCCCAUUUUUUAUUAGAGCUGGUACUGAUUAAAAUUUUAGUAUUCAAUUAAUCAAGAAAAUUUUUAAUCUCUUAAUUUCAAUUAAUAAUUACAUAUAGCUUUUAGCUGAUCUGCUUGCAUUGCAACUCUGCAUUUGUCUGUGGUAAAUGUAGCAUACACUAUACACAAUCACCCAACACUAGUUAAUUGCAACUUAAUUUCAAACAAAUGCGUUGUAGAUUCAAACUUUAGUAUUGACAUGAGUAUGUUUGUCAAAAAUAUUUAAUAAAAGACAGUUCAAAAACGUAAAAAGUUAAGUUAUUAAACUUAAUGGUAUACUGACUGACUGUCACUUUAUCCUGUAAGCGAUUCGUCAUCUGAGGACUGGAACUCAGAGUCGCUCAGCAACUGAGUCAGUUUUUGUCUCUUUAGCAAAGGAGCUAUUGUCUCAUCAGUGCUGGCUUCUUCUAAGCCUGUUGAAUGUCCUGCAUGCUGUCUUCUGCCAUAGAAGGCCCUGAAUGCAUUUGACAAUUCUGUCCACUCUUUCUCUUUUCUUAAGACAGAUGAGUUUCUUGUAACAUGGAUCUAAGGUUACAGCCAUUAACAACGUUGGCAGAGCAUCAAUGCCUUCUAUUCUGUUUGUGCAGUCAUUCAAUGUUGCAGUUUUAAAUCGUGCAAUGUAACCUGGAUCGUCAUCGUUAACCCAUAACAGUCUAUGCAAAUGGUCUCUAAAGGAAGAACGACACUUGUCACAUAUUGCUCACUCCCAAUAAAUUCCGUAGCAUCUGCCACUGAACCUAACACUGCCACAAAUUUGGCAAUUUUUUCCAGUCUGACUGUCAGUUUAGGUCCACUGUAGCUUUUUGGAUGAUCGAUGUGAUACUGCAUUAUGACAUCUUUGUCUUCCAACAAUCUGGCCUGCUGCAAUUUGUUGAACAUGACAUUAUCUUUCGGCUAACUAACACUGGCAUGGCUGCUCUUGAGUUCAGUUCUGUUAGCCCAGCUGUGGUUGAAAUGAAGAGUCAGCUGCCUUCAAAACCCGCUUAUAUGCUUAUUUGAAGAUAAUGUGUGAUACAUGGUAAAGACUGUAAUCCGUUCAUCCGAUAGCUGGCUACAACCAUGUUGCGUGCACUGUCUAUUACAAGACAGCAUAUUUUAUCAGCUAUGUUCAAUGUUGCAGCAAACUCUUCAGCAGUCAGCAACCUAAAGCUAUUGAUGUCACUCUCCAGUCGGAAUCAAUCUAGUGUCCCAUUAUUCCAUAGUAUGUAUGAUUCGUUGUUUGAAGUCCAAAAAUCAGUAGUGAGAGCAGUAGUCUGAAUACUUUCUAUAGCUUUCAUGUGCUCUUUCAGCUUCUCAUCAAACAUCUGACCAAUCACAGUGUUGAUUGUAUAGCAACUGGGUAAAGCUAGGACUGGUUUAGAAGAGCUAUACGUAGUACAGUCUGUAUUCUAUCAUCUUCCACAAUUGCUGUUGGACGUCCUGAACUUAAAAUCCCCUGAACAAUAGCAACUUUCAAGUCUGCAUUAACUUUUUCACUUACAGGCUUGUUUGACUGACAUGACAAGAGUGGAUUUAUUGAAUUUACCUGAAAACUGUUCUGCAUGACACUGUCGAUAGCAUGUUGAUACUUGAGCAGAUGUUUCUGCUGUAUCUGAACCACGGAAAGCAAACUGCUUAUUGCAGUAAACUUUGUCGUCAUCUUAUACUUUGUUGUCAGCAGUUAGCUUAAAAACAAAAUGAUUGCUCAACUUUCCGCUUCAAUGCUUAACUGCAACGUUGCGGUGAUCAUUUGCCAUUUUUGUUUACUGUCUAAACGGAAAUAGAAAUCUACUCAAAUCUGCUAAAGAUAAUACUAAGCUAAAUAGUAUGCAAGAGAAUAAGUAAACAAAAAUUUUGGUCCAAAAUACUAAUAAUUAUUUGAAAAAUUACUGAUUAAAGUAAAUUUAAUCAAUUAAAAAUUUUAACGAAUAUUCAAUUAAUUAAUUGUUAAAUUUCGCAGCCCUAUUUGUUAUGUUAAAUAUGUUACAUAUCAGACAUUGUUAUUUUUUAAUGUAGUCACAUUUACGUAGUGUUCACUGUCCAUUACUUGCUAUUCAUUAUUAAUAAUUUUGAUAGAAACACACUACCCCCCUCCACACAUAACUAUAUACAUUUCUAAUAGCCUACUUUUAACAGUCGGUUAGCAAACUGUAAGGAAGUUGUAGUUAUGUUUUAAAGAUAUCCUCUGCAAGGUUUAGAUUGUUCUUAUAAUUGAAAUUGCCAUGGCCAAAGAAACUGAUGGUACAUUUUCCAUACAAGAUUGAAAUGGAUGGAUAUUUUCCAUAAAUGGUUAUUAAUAUGGUAAGGUAAAUUAGUACUUGCAUUAACAAAUCUGAGCAUAAAGUAUCUAUAAUGUGUCAUUAUUAUAUUUAGGUGAGAAGUCUACCACAGUGCCUAAUUUUUACUUCACUAAACCAAAUACAGAGCAGCAGCCCAGCAGGUCUCAAACUGUUACACCUAGCUGCGUGGAAAAUCUAAAACAAACGCGUACAAUUCCAAAGCCAGAGGGUGAGCGAUUUAGCCGUAGGGUUAGAGGACUAAAUAUUGAUCCAGUACCCCCAUUAGAAGCUGUUGAGAAAGUUUUCAAAAUGUCUAGAGUUACUGCUUCUCCUCACUGUGAAGACAACAAAAAUAAUUCCAAUGAAGACUCUAGCAUUCUUUUGAUAAAUGAGUCUGACAGAAAAUUCCUUGAGAUUGAAAGCAGAAGCUCAACAUCAGGAACUAACAUUUCAACAAGAGAGGAGAGACUGGUGAAUAAUGGUCCCAAGACCACCACAGGAAAUAAAUUGCAAUCACCUGCCUUAAGUGCCAGUAAGAGUAAGAAAAGGAAGCAAUGCGUUUGGUGUAAACCAAAACGCAAGCGAAUGAGAUUCACAUCAAAGAAUCUAACGAGUAAUCAAGUAGCUGAUGAAAGACAGGAAUAUGAUAUGAAUCCUGAAGAGAGUGGAGAGGAAACCCCCCUUAAAGCUACACAAGAGACUGAUGUCCAUCAACAGCUUAGGAUUGAAAUUGCUGAUCAAGAAUGUAAGUGAAUAUAGGAUAUUUUCAUUAAUUUAUUUGUGGUCUACUUUGAAUAUUUAAAAAAAUUACUAAAAAUAUAUAUAUAUUGGAAUAUGUGAUUAACAAUUUGUGAUUUUACUUUAAACAAUAAAAUACAUCCAUCUUAUUUUUUGUCUUCAUUUUAGAAUUUGAUGCUAUCAAAUUUGCAAAAUUAAAUAACUUACUCCUAUGUUGGUCGGGUUUCUGAGUCAGUAAGAGAUAGGUAAAGCUUGGAGAAUCAUGGUUGAGCCAUAAAAAUUAGUCCAAAAAUUGUUUAGCACAUCCAAUGUUUACAGCAGGAAUAUAGAUAUUUAACACUUCUGUAAAGAAAAAAAUCAAAAUCUCUCUGAGAUCACUAAACAUAUGCUCAUAUCACUAACUGUACUUCCAAAUGGAUUGUAAUGUAGUGUAAUGAAUUAAAUAUUCUUUUAAUAAUUUUUUACCAGCUGAGAGCAAGGAACAGAAAAGUCCUGCCCGAUCAUCUACUCGGUUAAAGAGUCCAGUCACAAGUUCCACUAGAGUUAGCACUAGAAGAAGUAGCAUGAGUCCUUGCAAUACAAUAAAUGUUGACUUUAACACGUCCAGUCAGCCUCAGGACAAAAAUAUUGAAACUACCAAAGAUAAUAAUAAUCAAACCCAGCAGUUGUCAUUACCUGUUGACAGAGAAGAAAAAUCUGAUAUUACUAUGAAUGGUAAAUAUACUCAACUCUUGAAAUCUUUAUUUGGGGAAAGAAUUUAUUUUAUGAAAUAUUUUUAGUGCCUGAAAUGAAAUCUUUGUUUUGCUAUUAUAAUUAACAAAAGGCAACUAGCUAAUAAAUAUUUAGUAACAUUUAUUUUUUUUUUAAAUCUAAUACUUUAUCUUACUUUUUUUUUCUCCAAUACUUAACACAAACUAAAGUGGCAAAAUACAAAUUUGAAUACAUUUUAAUUUCAGAAAAUCCACUUGGAACAAAUUAUCAGACGGAGGCAAUAAAGCAACCAGUAUCCAUAAAUCUUCAUACAACAGAACCAAGUGAUAAACCCAGUGUCGUGAAAAGGUUAGACCUGGACUUAGUAGCAAUGGACAGUGGUGUUGGGAGUUCAGUUGACAGCAAUGGGGAUUCUCGGGACAGCACAGAUCACAAUAGAGAGGUUUGUAUAGUUCAAACAUUUGAAAUUUAACUUUAGGCCUUUAUUCGCUGGACAGUCUACUUCAUUUAAUUAUCUCAUUUAUCAUCCCUUACAACACAUAUCAAAUUCAUUCCUAAAAUCUAAAACACUAAUUAAUAAAAGGUCUUAAGUAUUGAGUUAUAUUUCAGUGGAUAAAAUUUUUAACGGCUAGAGAAGGGAUAACCACAUGGAUUUUUAUGGAUGUACAGGUUAAUUCAAAACACUCGAGAUUAAACAUUAAGUUAAUAGAUUGAGCACAAAUCAUUUUCCGUGCCUUAUUUCAUUGUGCCAUUUUCCACUCCUAAUGUCUCUUCUGCCUUUCACAAACUCCCUAUUUAACUUUUCAUGGCCAUAAAUUCUUUCUUAAGCUACUCCUGCCUAACAUAACCCUCUCAACUGCCUAAAAAUUUAAAAAGUGAAAAAUUAACUUUGAACACACACACACACCCAAAGCUCUUUUCAUGUCACUUGAAUUUUUUUUUGUUUAAAUAUUGAAUGUAACUCAAUGUCUACUACUCACGCCUCAACUUUCUUUUAUCAACAGGGUACUAAUAGUUUGAAAUCGUCUUCAGCCAUUUCAACAAUAAAUGGUAUGUGCUUUUGUUAGAUACAAGCUUACUUAAUAAUAUGAGUAGAAUUAGAACACAAUGUUUUAUUUUUAAUAACUGGUCUAUUAAUAUUCAUGAUAUAUAAAAUAUUGGCUUAUUAUAUUAUCGAAGUAUCUACAUGACCAGGUCACUUGACCGCCGUAACAAAGUUGUGCAAGACAUUUGUCCAUCAGCCUUGUCAUGUGACCACUAAUAGUCGAUCAGUACAAUGUCAUAGGUCUAAGUCUAAACACAUGAAGAAAGUCACACAAAGUCUGCAGGUAAAGGGUCAGUAAAAGAUCCAAGUCUCAUGUGGGUUAUACACCAGAGUGUUCCCUCUCAAACUUCUCACCAUGACACAUCCCAGUUUUCAGCAUCCCUAUAGAUCGUAAUUAAAAAUCUGCCAUCUUUCCACAACAAACGUACCCCCUUUAGGCACAUUCACGCGAGUCAAAGACAAACUAUACAUGUCUUUGGGAUCAUGGCCUCAGGGAGUCACUAUUCAUAGCCUACCCACUCUCCCUGGAUCUUAAGACCUUGACUGUUACGGUCAUCCUGAGACACUACUGUUAUUCCCCUCCCUAAUUCCUGUAAGGACUCUUUCGUUUUCUCAACUACUUCAGGUGCAUCGACUUUUCCAGUCUGAUGAUGACUAUUGGGACAAGGUCCUUGAGAAGAUAAACUUUAGCUAUUUCCAGUACUCAAGCUCAUGCUUUCAGAUCUUGUCCGAAUGACCAUGGCAACAGGACCAAACUUAAUCUCAAAUAUCGUCCCCACCAACUCUUAUCCAAACAUGUUUUCUUUAAAAACCAUGCUAUUUUCCUUGCCGACCCUGACACCCACAACAUUUUCUCAACCCUGCCUCUCAAUGUAUUCAGAAGAGAUAAGAAUCCAUGAGAUGUUCUUGUUCGUAGCCAUCUCCAUGCUACCCCCUCCCACUUAGAAACCAAGCCAUGUAGACACAGCCUUGCAAAACUUGCCCCUUUUUCAUCCAUACUUAACGCAUUCCCUUCCCUAAGGGUAAUUUUUCAGAUAAGGGACAGUUUUCAUUUGCACCAGCAACCAUAUAAUCUACGCCAUUGUUUGCUCCCGCUGUGUCAAAUAGCUUUUAUGGGCGAGACUGGACGGCGUCUCUGUACAGAACACCUUUGAAAUAUUGCACAAGAUAAAGUGUCCUAUCUCAAAACACAUCAAUAGAAUCAACAAGGGCUUCAGUGAUUUACCUGUACUAACACGCACGCCAGGGUGAACUUAGAGAACAAACUGAUAUAGACUUAUGGGACCUUAAAUCUACAUGGCAUGAAUGUCAUGUUCUCCUGCACUUAUUAAUCUUUUUUCCGUUUCCUCCAGUUUACAACCAAUCGCUGUGGACUUACUUUUCCUCUUUUACUUCCCCUAUUACCUGAAUUAACUCUCUUACCUGCUACUGAACUGUUACAUUCCUCUUGCUGUCUUCUCAGAUACAACAUUUCAACUAAGUGUUUAUUUUAAUUUGUGUUAACUCAUUUCUUCGCUGAAGGUUUCUUGCUGACACAUUCAUUGUUUUGUUAACAUCCUUUUUCGGGUUUUCCCAUACCUUAUUUCACAUAUUUCCUUCUACCUAACCUGAUGGAAGUAUCUUCCCCCUUAUUAUCAUUAUAACAUCCCGUGUCGCUAAAGAAAGUAGUAAUAACAAGAAUUAAUUAAUUGAAAUCAACAUCGUUUUUAUUAUUUAUAGAUUUAAAUCAGAACUCAAACUCUGAAAUGACAAGCAGAGCAAGUGCAAUACUGGACAAGCCCAUAAAAGAAAUGAUUAUUGAUGGAAACCGACUGACAUCUUUGUUGAAUCGUUUAGUUGCUCGUUCUGAUGGCUACAAUGUUGAUCGUCUUGAGAAAAUAUAUAGUCACCUCAACCAAGUUAUAUAUAGGCAUAGACACAACUACAAUAGAACUGGCAUGAUUUUAG